CCAACAUUGAACACCGUCUUGCCUGAAUGAAGAGUAUUUACUUUUUUGUCAAAAAUUUCCUUUCAUCGAUUCGAAAUUUUCAUUAUGAAUUUUGUAUUAUAAUUAUUUGAAAACACAUGUGUUUAAAUAGAGUUUUAUAUGCUCAUCAUUGUUUUGGAAACAAUAUAACCAACAUUUAUUGGCUGAAUGGUGACAAACAUCCUCUACUAACCCAUCAAUUUAAUUUAUUUUUCUUUAAACCGAGAUCAAAAGAUGAAUAACAAAUGUCAGCAUAUUAAAAAGUUCAACACCUCAACACAUGAGAUACAAAAACUUGAAAAAGUAGCUUCGUGUGCAGUCUGUAAACAUACAGGUCCUAACCUUUGGAUAUGUCUUCAGAGGAACUGUUUACAGGCGGGAUGUUCGGAGCAGAUCAAAGAUCAUAGCACUGCUCACUUUAAAGAGAACAGCUCGCACUGUGUGCAUAUGAAUUUGUCUUCUCAGCGCAUCUGGUGUUAUUUGUGCGAAAAAGAAGUAUUUUUUAGCAAUGAAAAGGCGCCACUCCUCAAUAGUCCACUGAAUUUUGGCGAUUAUGAUGUGGACGAUGGCAAUGGUGCAUUGGGUUUGAAUGACAACGAGGAGUACGAGAAUGAAAAAGUGCGAGGCCUUGUUGGCCUGCAAAAUAUUGCGAAUACGUGCUACAUGAAUUCAGCAUUGCAGGCCUUGAGCAACAUUCAACCACUAACUUACUAUUUUUUGGAUUGCGGUGAUAUAAUCGAGCACUACGUAGAAACUGCUGCCAAUAAGAGUAAAGCAGGGCUAGCUAAGAGCUAUUACAGAUUGAUUAAGGAUAUUUGGUGCAAUGAAAAUGAUAGUAAAGAUUUUAUAGCUCCCCGUGGGAUUCUUUAUGGAAUUCGGAGUGUUCAUUCAAUGUUUCGUGGGUAUCAACAACACGAUACACAAGAAUUCUUGAGAUGUUUUAUGGACCAACUGCAUGAAGAACUCAAGGAAACUGAUCCAAUUCCAAUGAAAACUAAUGUAAAAAAUCAAGAACUUUACCACAAAGACGAAGAAAUGUCCAAUUACUCCUCAAGUUCGGCCUCCCAAUCAGAAGGAGAAUAUGAGACAUGCGACAGUGGAGUCUCGGAACAAUCUAGUCUCUUUGAAGAUUCAUUUGCCCAAAACAAGCACUAUCCAAGUUUGUCAUUUAUUUACAAUUCUCCUUUAAGUUUACGCAUUUCUGCUCCAUUUGGAUAUCGCCAAAAUAUAAGUUCAAACAAUCACAACACUAACAAUGAUAUUGUUGUUUCUGUUGCCCAAAGGUCGAUUAUAAGUGAUGUAUUUGACGGAAAGCUAUUAUCCUCAGUACAGUGUUUAACCUGCGAAAGAAUAUCUACAAGAGAAGAAACAUUUCAAGAUCUUUCUCUUCCGAUUCCUCAUAGAGACUAUGUUAAUGUUUUACACCACGCACAAAACAUCAACAACAACGUCAUACGUUCACAUUCGGGUGCGAUGUGCAAUGAACAGCUUAAAUCAGAUAGUUGGAUUCGCUGGGCUUGGAAUGUUGUCAGGGGUUGGCUUUGGGGGCCUUCGGUUACACUCCACGAUUGUAUGGCAUCCUUCUUUAGUGCCGAUGAACUUAAAGGGGACAAUAUGUACAGCUGUUCAAAGUGCAACAAAUUAAGGACUGGUGUAAAAUACUCUCGUGUUCUCGAUCUACCUGAAGCGCUGUGUGUGCAUUUAAAAAGAUUUCGACAUGAUUUGUCGUACAGUUCGAAAAUUUCGUCUUACAUACACUUCCCACUAGUUGGAUUCGACAUGCGGCCAUUUUUACACAAGGAUUGCAAUUCAAAUAUAUCGGUCUACAACUUAGUAUCGGUAAUUUGCCAUCAUGGCACCGUUGGCGGUGGACAUUACACGUGUUUUGCCAAAAACGAUUUGACAGGCAAUUGGUAUGAAUUCGACGAUCAACACGUAACGGAGGUGUCUGCCGAUGUCGUUCAAAAUUGCCAAGCCUAUGUACUUUUUUACCAAAAACACAAUCCACGUAUGGACGAAAUAAGAACUCAAGCAAGAGAGUUUUCUAAACUUAAUCCGCAGUUUUCGGACAUACGAUUUUUUGUUUCUCGAGAAUGGAUAAAUCGUUUUAAUACCUUCGCCGAGCCAGGCCCUAUUAAUAAUUGGGCCAUUCUUUGUCCUCACGGGGGUGUUCCACCUCACAAAGCCAAUCUUAUUAAUAAAAUUGCAGUCCCUUUGUCUCAACCGCUUUGGGAUUUCCUUUAUAAGAAAUUUGGAGGUGGACCUGUUGUUAAUCGCCUUUUUGAAUGUGAUGUCUGUAAGAGAACAGCAGAAAAUCUUCAACGCCGACAGAAACAAGAACAUGCUACAUUUACCAAAUUCCAGGAUGACUUCCAGAACGAAGAUGAUUCUACUACAAUAUACGCAAUAUCAAUGGCUUGGUUCAGAAAAUGGCAACUUUUCGCCAGAGGAAUAACAAGCAAAGACCCUGGUCCCAUUAAUAAUUCGACGAUAUUGUCGAAAACAGAAGUAACUGCAAAUAAUCUUUUACCGGGAUCAGACUAUGCUCAACUUAAUACCCAUCUUUGGAAAUUUUUUUAUAAUAUUUAUGGUGGUGGACCGGAAAUAGUUUUACGUGGAUCACUUAAAGAGGAGACUUCAGAUGAUGAAAACAUAAACAUUGCGGAGAAUGAUGUGAUUAGAUUAAGUCCAGUGGAAGAUAAUUUGCCGGAAAAUUCAGAUGCUAAAGAUAACUAUUUGGGAAAGCCGAAAAAUGUUACCUUUCAACCAGAUAACACGAUUUAUGAAAACGAGAAAGCUAACUUAUAUUCCCGUGCAAUAAGUGCCGAUAUUUCGGAAAAACAUUUAAAGCAAUCUUUGAUAAAGAAGAAGCCCAAGGUGAUAUCUGUUAACCAUAGUCUCAAGCGAAAAUCGAAAAGAAGUCGCAAUGAUUUAAAGUCUGCAGGUCUCUUUGGCUUAAAAGGCACUUACAACAUUAGUGGAGGAAGUGAACAUAUGAGGGAAUAUAACGAUGAUUCCGGUAUAAAUCAACAUUCCAAUGAACCAGAUUUUAUGAACACAUUUCAAAGUAUACCACCAUUCCAUUAUGUUUUGCCAUGCAAUGAAGGCCAACCUAUGCAACAAGCGGCGGAAGUUUUAUUUAACAAUGAUAGUUUGGGACGGAAUAGCGGAAGUAAAACUAGUGCUGAUAGUAAUUCAACCUUUAAGAGUUAUGAAUCAAAAAUUCCAAAGAAGCUACAUAAGAAACAAAAACGUUUGAAGGGAAAGUCCAAUCCAAUUCAUAAUCACUCUAAAGAAGAAAGUGGAACUAGCGAAAAUGAAACUUGAAAAACACUCACUAUUGUUAAUAUAUGUAAUAAUGUAAAAAAAAUAUGUUAUUAAACUUAAUAUUAUUUUAUUGAUUUUAAAACAGGUUUUAAAGUGUGCAUGAGGGAAAUAAAAGAAUAAUGCAUUUUGA